UUCUGCUGAACUGUCAUGUUGUCUUUCGCUGCUUCAGCGCGUCAUGUUGGUCGCUCUCAGCUGCUUCGUGCCACUCGCCGCAGCUAUGCCACAGAAACUACUUCAAAAAAGCCCAGCAAUCUGCCUCUAUAUCUCAUGGGUGCCGGUGUGGCAGGUUUAGGAAGUUACUUUUAUCUUAAUUCGACUGGGAAAUCUGUCAUUACGCAAGAGAAGAGUCCUCUUGACCCAGAAAACUUCAAAGACUUCAAACUUAAGAAAAUCGUUCCAUACAACCACAAUACAUCCGAGUUCAUCUUUGAGCUACCUAAUAAUGAGGCUUCAUUGCUCCCAGUUGCCUCAUGUCUUGUCGUCAAAUCAUCUGACCCAGAAGCGCUUAAAGAUGAGAAAGGCAAACCUAUAAUCCGCCCUUACACGCCAAUAUCGCCUCCAGAGAAGCAAGGUGAACUCACACUGCUCAUCAAGAAGUAUGAUAACGGGAAUGCCUCCAAACAUAUCCACGGAUUGAAGGAGGGCGACACACUCGCCAUCAAAGGUCCGAUUCCAAAAUUCCCCUACAAAGUGAAUGAAUUUGAGGAAGUCGCACUUAUUGGCGGUGGGAGUGGAAUCACGCCCCUCUACCAAAUUGUUACCCACGCCCUAUCCAAUGCAUCCAACCGCACUAAAUUCACCCUGCUGUUUUCCAACGUCACGGAAGUUGAUAUCCUCCUCAAAUCUGAGCUGGAAGCACUCCAGAAAAAAUAUCCGACCAAGUUCAAUCUGGUAUAUAUGUUAGAUAAGCCUCCAGCGGGAUGGACUGGGCCAUCGGGAUAUAUCUCGAAAGAGGUGCUUCAACAGCAUGUCGCUCCCGCAAGCUUGAAUGAGAGGGUCAAAGUCUUUGUUUGCGGCCCUCCCGGCCAGGUUGCCGCUGUAGCUGGAAAGAAGGCGGGUAUGAAACAAGGAGAAUUGGGCGGGAUCCUGAAAGAGCUCGGAUACACUGAAGACCAGGUGUACAAAUUCUAGAACAUUUGGUGAUCCAAAAAAGUUAACAUAGAUACAAAAGAACAUAUCAUAUCUGCUUGCUGUAUUCAUAGAAUUUUGAGCAAAGGACCAUUCUGAACCAGCAU